CUUCACCCUUUAUAUCCUCCAGGAACUUGCUUCAGACCAUUAAUGCCAGCUAACCAAUAUGCAUACUGCUCAGGACGCGUUGCAGCAGGCAGAGAGAGGCCAAUCACACAGCGGCUGCUCAACUAACCACUAACCUAUCUGCGCGACAUGUGCGUCUGCCUGGAGUGCAACUAUAACGAGAUUUACACUAUCCUCCAAGAUCCUUUAGUCUGCAUACAAGUCACUACUGCAAUUGCUAGGUAUACAGACGAUUUUCUAGCCACCCCUUGUGCAGUCUUAUCGCCUUCACUAUCUGCAGAUGGCGGCAGCGAAACUGCACUCUAUUGCAGGGCGUGACGGCUAGGCCGCUAGCUGCAAGCGAAAGAGGUUGAUGCGAAAAUUCCUUGCAACUUCCCAGUGAAAGAGGUUUUGCGUCUGAAGGCUCCAGUGGCCUUUCGACAGACUGCACUUCGGAUAUGCUGCCGCCCGACUCACCUCGCACAGAGAUGGCCAAACUCAAUGUUAUUUUGCCCGACGAACGAGUCAAAUGAAAGAGAAGUUUAGAUACAGUCGACUCUAGGCCUUCCUCCAGAUACAAUGAUUGUAACAAACAGCGCCUUCUUUCAAUCAUCGCAAAGAUGGAAAACAUCGAUAGCCCCAGCACAAUCGUGCGUCUGUGGAACAGCUGUAGGGCAUCAAGGAACGGAAUCAUGAGCCUCCUCGGUUGAUGCAGGCAAAUACUGUCAAUCGAGCCAGAAACCCAUGGACAGUACAUCGGUGUUAGAACGAUUGGAGCAGUCAGCACAGGCGGGAGGGAUCAAACGUUCAUUUUCCAACGGCUAUUGGUCGCUUCCACCACGUGCAGAUGAUGUAUUUGUAUCAAAGGGCCAAAACUCUAGAUCAAAGCGCGGAGAACGCAGUAGGCUAUGGCCCGAACGGCGACGUUCUCUCGCUUGUCGACCAGUUUGCCAAGAAGGAUAUUCCCAGCAAAGCAGCGGUACCAUUACACAGUGUACCUAAAGCAACUAAGAGAAACCCGCUCAAAAGUGCAUUUACCAGAUGGCUUACCCUUGAAAAGAAGCUGGCUGUCUUAGUGAGUCGGUAUAGUUGCGGGAUGCUAUUGUUACUGCCAGCGAAUCUAGUAGACGAUAAGCGAGUCUUCCCUGCAUCAUGACAGAUCCCAUGUUGAUACGAGCAGUCUCCGCCGAUUCCAAGAAAAU